CUUGUUAAACUAGAAGCUAACGGAGAAGCAACAAAAUAUAUCAUCGCUGCUACUAGAAAACAAAUUUCGAAAUUAGGCAGCAUAUAAAAAGGGAAUACAGAAAGUCGAUAAUUAUCAGUUAGUUUUGUGAUCAUCAAACAUAACAAAAUGAAAUUCGCUAUUGUCCUCCUUGCCUGCCUUUUGGCUUUCGCCUAUGCCAACGAAGAAGCUGAAGUUGUCAAGGAAUUCUCCGAAGUCAAUGCCGAAGAUUUCAAAUAUGCCCUCGAAUUGACCAACCACAUCCGUGCCGAACAAGAAGGUCACUUGCAAGAUAAGGACAAUUGGCUCGUCAAGGGUGAAUACGAAUAUGUUUCCAAGGAUGGUAAACACAUCAAGGUCACCUAUACCGCUGAUGAACACGGUUAUCACCCAAAUGUUGAACAAUAAAUAAAUGAAUAAAUAAUGGAAAAUCUCAAGUAGCAAAUUUAAA